AACACAUUUAUUUUUAUGGCGCGUAUAAAAUUUAUGUUUUAAUAUACUUAUAUAUUUUAUAAGAAAAUGCGUUGAAAAUGUGGAGGUACAUAUUGCUGGCUGCUUUGUCCAUAACAGAUGGAGAUCUGAUUCAAAAACCAUUUGUAGAACAUUCUAGAAGCAAAAGAGAUGUGGGUGGCACGCUCAAUAUAGUCACGAAUCAUGCGCAGCCUAUACACGCAGACGUCAAACCUGAGGCUUCGGAGAUAGCUGAAAAGAUUUAUACAUGGGUCAACUUAAUAAUGAAGUGUGCGUACUUGAAGCUGCCUGAAUGCGAGUCGCUGUCAAAGAAAUUGGCUCACGGGGUGACGCCUCCCAAGGAUGCAAUAUACGAAGUAAAGUCCGGCAGGAAGUCCUUUCCCCUGACAGACACCUUGGAUCUCAUCAGAAGUGUUAGCAGAGUGACGUCACUAGUAAUACUACUCAUAUCCGCUGUUAUAGAGUUCUUCCCGUUAAUAGAACACCUAUACAAUAUUAUCAACUUGUAUAUAUCAGGUUAGCUCUUCUAUCAGUAAAUGAAUAAAUACUGA